AUGGUUGAGAUUGGAGCUAUAGUGAUUGCAGUAUACAUGAGGUACCUAUUUGACUAUUUAAAAUUGGCAAAUAUGGUAAACCUUGUUGGCCUCAUGGACCCUGGACAAGUCAGCUCUGAAUCUGGAACGUUAUCUCACCGCUCAAAACAUCUCUCAGAAAGCUUGAAAAAGGCAGAUGGGGAUCAAUUUUACUUGGUGCCUUAUAAUCCAGGGCCAGCUAAGGAGACUGUCUAUUACAUGAAUUCAUUGCCAAACCGCUCUGUUGACAAGGACAUGAGAAAUAUAGUGAAUACUUCAAUCAAAAUGUAUAACUCUCACACAGGGAAACAAUCAUCACGUAAAUCACUCAUAUGGAAAAAUCUACAAGGCACUCCUAGACAUCCAACAAAUGUAGAGUGUGGCUAUUAUGUGAUGCGUUUCAUGAGAGAUAUAAUUAAUGAUCCAGGCCUAGCCUUUGAGAAGAAGUUUGACAAGAAAAAGGAACUAGUUGUGUAUACUCAAGAAUAUAUUGACGAAGGCAGGCUGGAAUGGGCAGAAUUCGUGAACAAGCAAUUACAAAACAAUAAUUGA